UGGACGCGGGUUAUUUAAUAACAAAUCAUGGCACUUGGAGCUUGUUGCUUUGCAAAACUACUUCGUUCAAAUAUCUGAUUUAAUUAAGUGUCCAGCUUGGGUGCAUUCCCAUGCCAUAUAAAGGAAUAAUUAAAUACGUUGUAUUUCUGUUAACAAUGAUACUCCGUAACUCUAAAUCAUAACACUAGGCAGUUCUGUUAGCAUUAGUCGUUAGCUUGCUAGCACUGUCUACUAUAGCAACAGAAUCAGGGUGAGUUUCUCGUUCAGCUCACUGCGCUCUUUACACCAAACUCUCCCGCGUCUCUAGGUCAGAAUGAGAAGAAGCUUUGCGCCCAGUCAGCUGGCCAAGAGAAAGCAGAGAGGCGAUUCAUCUGACGAUGAUGAAGAUGAAGACUGGGGUCCUGAAAUUAAAAGCAAAAGGAUUAAAGACUGCAGAGAAAGUUACGUCUCUCCAUAUAGGAAGCCUCUGACCCAGCUCACAAACCGGCCUCUGUGUGUGGACAGCAAUGAGCAUGAGGCUUUUAUUCGAAGUAUCCUUUCAAGACCAUUCAAGGUUCCCAUCCCUAAUUACUCAGGUCCACUGGGUUUGAGGGCUCUGGGCUUAAAGAGAUCAGGUCUUAGAAAGGCUCUCCAUGACCCUUUUGAAGAUGGUGCUCUGGUUCUUUAUGAGCCUCCAGCUUUGGGGGCUCAUGACCUCAUCAAAACAGACAAGGACAAGCUGCCGGUGCACGUUGUGGUGGAUCCGGUGCUUAGUAAAGUUCUUCGACCCCAUCAAAGGGAGGGUGUGAAGUUUCUGUGGGAGUGUGUGACAGGGCGACGCAUCACUGACUCCUACGGCUGCAUCAUGGCUGACGAGAUGGGACUGGGGAAGACACUGCAGUGCAUUACGCUCAUGUGGACUCUCCUCAGGCAGAGUCCUGAUCUCAGACCUGAGAUUGAUAAGGCCAUUGUGGUCUCCCCAUCCAGCCUUGUCCGAAACUGGUAUAAUGAAGUGGCUAAGUGGCUCGGAGGACGUGUGCAUCCUGUGGCGAUUGAUGGUGGCUCCAAGGAAGAGAUAGACAAAAAGCUUGUGAACUUCAUUUCCCAGCAAGGUCUGCGAGUUCCCACUCCCAUUCUGAUUAUUUCAUAUGAAACAUUCCGCCUUCAUGCUGAAGUUCUGCAUAAAGGCAAGGUCGGAUUGGUCAUCUGUGAUGAGGGCCACAGGUUGAAAAACUCGGAUAAUCAGACGUACCAGGCUCUGAACGCGAUGAAUGCCCAGCGCAGAGUCUUGAUUUCCGGAACUCCCAUUCAGAACGAUCUGCUUGAGUACUUCAGUCUGGUGCACUUUGUCAACGCUGGCAUCCUCGGCACAGCUCAGGAAUUUAAAAAGCGCUUUGAGAUUCCCAUUCUGAAGGGCCGUGAUGCAGAUGCUAGUGAUAAAGAGCGAGCUGUCGGGGAAGAGAAGCUAAAGGAGCUCAUCAGCAUCGUUAACAGGUGUCUGAUCAGGAGGACCUCUGAUAUUCUCUCUAAGUAUCUCCCUGUGAAGGUUGAGCAAGUCGUUUGCUGCAGACUAACUCCUCUGCAGAAGGAACUCUAUAAGCUGUUCCUGAAGCAGGCAAAGCCAGUAGAGACUCUACAACAGGGAAAAAUCAGCGUUUCCUCACUGUCUUCUAUCACCUCCCUCAAAAAGCUGUGCAACCACCCCUCACUGAUCUAUGAGAAGUGUGUGGAACGGGAGGAAGGCUUUGCUGGGGCAGUGGAGCUCUUCCCACCUGGUUACACAACUAAAGCUGUUGAACCACAGCUUUCAGGAAAGAUGCUGGUGCUCGACUACAUUCUGGCCAUGACACGAACGACAACCAGCGAUAAAGUGGUGCUGGUGUCGAACUACACACAGACACUGGACCUGUUUGAGAAGCUGUGUCGUACUCGCAAAUAUCUGUAUGUGAGGCUGGAUGGAACAAUGUCUAUCAAGAAGAGAGCCAAGAUUGUUGAAAGAUUUAACAGUCCUUCUAGCCCAGAGUUCAUCUUCAUGUUGAGUAGCAAGGCCGGUGGCUGCGGCCUGAACCUUAUUGGAGCAAAUCGGUUGGUAAUGUUUGACCCAGACUGGAAUCCAGCCAAUGACGAACAGGCGAUGGCGAGAGUGUGGCGUGAUGGCCAGAGAAAAACAUGCUACAUCUACAGACUGCUCUCUACCGGGACUAUAGAGGAGAAGAUCCUACAGAGGCAGGCCCAUAAGAAGGCUCUGAGCAGCUGUGUGGUGGAUGAGGAGCAGGAUGUAGAGAGACACUUUUCUCUGGAGGAGCUGAGGGAGCUGUUUACUCUCAACGAGGACACAAUCAGCGACACCCAUGACAGGUUUCGAUGUCAGCGCUGUGUAAACGGGCGUCAGGUUCGCCCUCCUCCUGACGAUUCAGACUGCACCAGCAAUCUGUCCUGCUGGCAUCACUGUGCAGAUAAACGAGGGCUGAAGGACGUAGUACUCCAGGCCUCCUGGGACAAAGCGGUGACCUUUGUCUUUCACCAGAAUUCCCACCAUGACCAGAGAGGAGUCGUCUGAACACUACAUAAUCUAAACAACUGUAAUCAUGUGGAACCUGUCACAUGCAGCUGUGGCUGACUCGUUCUGUACUUGUGCAUCAGAGCUGCUCAGGUGAACGACAUAAAGAAGAUAUCUGAGAGACAUUCACAUGAGAUGAUCCCUGUGUAAUUAUUUUUUGUUCUGUUUAUUUAUUUUGUACAUUUAAGGGUCUUUAUUAAUGUUGAUUAAA